UGGUCAUAUGAUCAUAGUUGGGCAGUGCUCGAAGACAGUCGUGCUUUAUAGGCGUUGACUUAUCCUCCGUUCGAUUUUCUCCUCUCCGUUAACUAAAAUAAAUCCUUGUAUUAUUUUGGCAGAAUCAUUUGGCUAGUGGCCUUUAAUUUUAUCAAGUGAAUAUAAACGUCAAUAAAAACAGUAAUCAAUCAUGGCGCUCAGCGAUGCAGAUGUCAAAAAACAGAUCAAGCAUAUGAUGGCCUUCAUUGAGCAGGAGGCCAAUGAGAAGGCUGAGGAGAUUGAUGCCAAAGCUGAGGAGGAGUUCAACAUCGAAAAGGGACGUCUUGUUCAGCAGCAACGUCUCAAGAUCAUGGAGUACUACGAGAAGAAGGAAAAACAAGUUGAAUUGCAGAAGAAAAUUCAAUCCUCCAAUAUGCUGAAUCAGGCGAGACUCAAGGUCCUCAAGGUGCGUGAGGAUCACGUGCGAAACUGUCUGGAUGAGGCCAGAAAACGACUUGCCGAAAUUGCUCAUGAUCGCGCACGAUACACUGAGGUGCUAAAGCUUCUCAUUAUUCAGGCUCUCUAUCAACUGAUGGAGCACAAUGUUCUUCUUCGUGUUCGUCAAGUUGAUGUGCCUCUUGUCGAGUCCAUCCUGGGAGAGGUUCAGGAUAACUAUAAGGCGGUUUCUAAGAAGGAAGUCGUGCUCAAAAUUGAUAGUGAUAAUUUUCUGUCGCCUGACAGCUGUGGAGGAGUUGAUUUACUUGCUGCCAGAGGUCGUAUCAAGAUCUCCAAUACGCUGGAGUCAAGAUUAGAGCUAAUCGCUCAACAAUUGAUCUCUGAGAUUCGUUGCGCCCUGUUCGGACGCAAUCCCAACCGCAAAUUCACCGACUAAGGGAUUCACCUCGAUCCACCUCCAAAAAAAUAAAACAUUCCCUUAUUCGCAGAAAGUUUUAAAAAAUUAAAAAAUUCAAUUGCUUCAUCCAAAUGCACACUUUAAAAAAAUGGGAUUCAAUGAUUGAUCAAUUUGGAAUAAAGUUUGAUUAUGAGUUUGCCAGUUAGAUUUGUGCGUUCAAAACUGCAAGGCCUACUUCAAAUGUCGGUUACUGUUGUUUGUUGUUGAUGUAACAGAUUCAUAUAAAGUAUGUUUCGGCCGUUUGCCAGUAUUAAUUUGUGUUAUCGUGUAACUGUAUUUUCAGAUUAAAUUUGUGAAGCUGCAGUAUCUGAAAUACUUCAAUUUUCAAGAAUUAUAAAUUUUUAUUAAUUACAAAAUCUCUUCACGAAAUGGAAGAAGGAUGGAUUUGUAAUAAAUUGAAGAAUAAUAUUGGAAAUUAAUGUAAUGGAGAAGCUGUUUACAAUCCCAAGCCGGCAAAAUAUUUUAAUUAUGAACGCACACGAAACCUCCUGCAAGCGCAAUAAAAUUGUCUCCUGGAUUGUUGAAACAGAUUCAUAAUGGCGAAUACAAAAAACUCAUUUAUAUCCCCACAAACAAAAUAUCUUCACUUGUUCAAAACGAUAAGAAAUAAAAUACAGAAGAUAUUUCUGAUUAUUUCAAUUGAUAAUAUAUUUUGAAAUCGUGUUGAGUAAUUGUAUUAAUCCCAGGUAGUUAUCAGUGUAUUCUUGGGCAUGCUAUUCAGAUAUACUAGAGUUUUUUCUGUACAUAUGUAUUUAAAAUUCAAUGUAUCAUAAACGACACGAUAAAAAAAUUACAAAACUA